CCGAAGUCAUCGCUUAUGAUGGAGUUUCCUGAAGUCUACUGCCCUCAAGCGAGCUGCUUUAAUGGGACCAGCAGUGCAAGCAGAGAACAUUGCAUGCACAGUACCUUCAUGGAGCUGAGUGGACUCUCAUAUCUGCUCCACUUAACAUGGAAGCUAACAUAGUUGUCAUGGGUACAGAGAGUGUGGGCAAAUCAGCACUGACUGUUCGCCUGUUGACAAGGAGAUUCAUAGGAGAGUAUGGAGACAUUGAAUCCAUCUACACUCACCAAUUCAUUGUAGAUGGGAGGGAAAUUGCUGUUAAUAUUUGGGAUUCACCUUAUUCUCAGGAUGUCUCCUUAAAGACGGCACUCUUCGAAAGGAAAGUCCAGUGGGCCGACAGCUUCAUCCUCGCCUAUAGCAUCUGCGACCGUGCCAGCUUUAACGCCGUCACCCGUCUGUUGCACGCCAUCAAAUGCAUACAUGCUAAUAAGACACCCUCUGUGGUCAUCGUGGGCAAUAAGCGUGACCUCCACCAUCGCAGGACCGUACUGAGUGAGGAGGGCCGCAUCCUGGCCCUCAACUCCGGCUGCCUCUUCUAUGAGGUGUCAGCGGCAGAGGACUACCACGGCGUGCUGGCAGUGUUCCACGGUUUGCUGGAUAGGAUGAAGGACGCCAAGCUAAGAGCCAGGAGGCCGUGCAUGGGCCUCAAAGACAUCGUGAAAAGCGUCUCAGCCGUGUUUGCCAGACGACGGACAGACUCCAUUUAGGAGACUUGUGUACAUCCACUGGAUUUAUGUUACGUCUUUUACCACCAAAGCCUGAAGACAUGAGGAAACAACACAAACGUUAAACUCGUACUAGUGACUUACUGUAUGACUUCACAUGCGUGACACAAUAAAUGCUAUGAAGGUAUGUUUUAUUAUUAUUGUAACAAAAUGGGGCUGCACGGUGGAUGAGUGGUUAGCACGCAGGCCUCACAGCUCGGAGACCCGAGUUCAAUUUCACCCUCGGCCAUCU